AUGUUCCGAACGUUAGCGAGACUGCGGCGGAACAUAAAGAAGAGCCCUAGAGUUGCCGACGAGAGCAUGUUUGGAGGAGGAGGGGUGGUGAUGAUGAAUAGAGCUGGUGGUGGUGGCGAUCAUCGUCAACAAGACCCAACUGAUCACUCGUUGAACAAGCUCUCCGCGGUGAUGGGUCUCGUCCUCCUCGCGCCCUUUUCGGUCUUUGCUUGCCUAUCGCAGCCUCAUGUCAGCGGGGCUGACGGGAUGUGGGCAUCGGCGGAGCUACCACAGCUCUCGGAGGUGAACCAUCUCAUGGUGAAUGAUAGCAUGAGGUAUGCGAUACUUAUGUAG